UCACUACGGUCGUGUCGGGUCAUUUCCAAGAAAAGACUUCUCGCGUCUAUUUCCAAGAAAGGGCUUGGUGAGUCCAAACACGUUGCAAAAGAAAGUGAAACAUACAUUGUUGGACUCACACUGUAGGGCUACGUGUCCACCUCUCCCUCGAGAACUAUAUGUUUUAAACUUUGAACUUUCACUACACCGAGAGUGAUAUAGCAACGACAUACCAGAAGUAAAUCAGAGUGCUCAGUACUCGGCAGGUUAUUAAUCUCAAUAUCUACAAUGUCUAGAAAAGCCAACAGGGGCGGUAUGUUUGGUGUUUCACAACCUGUAAUUGGAAGAUCCAGUACAGGAUUCCCUUUCGCUUCAGGAACAACUGCCACACCGCAGGCUGCAAUACCUGUGGUGGAGCCCAAGUCGGAACCGGAAAUCACAACGUCGGUGUUCGAUAAUCCAUCAAGUACAACAGACAUAACAUUAGAGGUCGAAGGGAGACAACUCCACGUCAACAAAGGUGUCCUUGUGGCUGCUUCGUCCGUGUUUGAAAAAAUGUUUGAGGGGGAUUUCAAGGAGAAGAACGAGAUUCCGUUAAAUAACAAAACCUAUGCGGAAAUCGUUGAGAUGCUUCUUCGUAUAUACCCAUCUGAACUGAAAUCUAUCACCCCAUCAAAGGUUGACAAGUUGUUGCAACUGGCAGACGAAUACAAGAUGACGGCACUGACGCAGAAAUGUGAACGCUUUUUGUUAUACCAGUGCACGAGGAUGACUUCAGAUGGUUCCAUCUCCAGUAAAGUACUUGUUCAUUACAUAUAUCUGGCUGACAAAUAUCAUUUGGAUGAUCUGUUGACAAGGGCGACCGACAUAACUUCUCAUUUGGUCUUUGGGGAAAGAAACGAUGGAAUAUCAUAUGAGCCAAGUCCAGAUAGAUCUGCUAUCUUGAGUCAUGAGGAAUACCCACUGAUAAGCGAACCUAUCCAACUCCUGCUGGCGCUCAAGCGUAUUUCUUUCCUUGAAAGGAAUUAAUAUGAAAUCACAGAACAAUCCACUGCAACAUUGACGGAGUAGUUCUUCAACUACUAAUAACAGUUACUGUAGUUCUGCAAGGUAUUCUUUUAGCCUCUAAAAUUGUAGACGACCUGUCAUAGUUUGUGUAUUCUAGUUACUCUGUUAGGCAUCUGAAUCAAGAUAUAGUUGAGUCAAAAGGUCCAACACCCCAGUUAGCUAUCUGUCUCAGGUAAUGUAAUGCUGUAGUGUUUUCAGCUCUAUGUAUAUUUCAGUUUCUUCAUAUAAUUGUAGGCUUUGAUGGUGGUGUGUGAUCUCUUCUACCUUUAUGCAUUAAAUAUGUUGUAUACAUUCGUUCAUGCUUUCGUAGAUCUGUGAAGUCCGGAUGUAAAUAAAGUUCCAUUUUGGGCAAAAAGGUUUAUCAUACAUGGAAGGUAGAUCAUGCAUUAAAUAUGUUGUAUACAUUUGUUCAUGCUUUCGUAGAUCUGUGACGUCCAGGUGUAAAUAAAGUUCCAUUGUGGGCAAAAAGGUUUAUCACACAUGGAAGGUAGAUCGAACCUAGUGACGCGUUGUCCAGUGAAGAUACUUUCAUUUCGUGCCAGGUGCAAGUGGGCAUCAUUGUAUCACGCUUGAGGCGAUGUCCCACGCCCCACCACACCCAUUCUCGUCCACAUUACAGUACCGAGAUGUUAUCACCACUGUACUCAGAUGUAUAUCUAUAUUUUAUUGAAAUAAAUCAUCAAUU